AUGGCAGAGGAAGUAAGACACAUCUUUGGGAAUAGCACGUUUUUCCAUGGACUUCUAUCUCUCAUGGGGCUUCUGCUGAGUGUCUGCACUGGUGUGGGGGCCAACAGAGUUGUGGUUCCUGAGCAGGUGACUGCAGUGCUGGGGAAAAACGUUACUUUGACCUGCAGGGUGGAGGUCAGCACAAACCUCAGUCUGACCCAGAGUUCCUGGGAACGCCGGCUGCCCUCCGGCACCGCCACUUUGGCUGUCUUCAACCCCCAGUACGGGACCUCCAUAUCUGAUGAGUACAGCAAGCGGGUGCACUUCAUCAAGCCCUCAGUGCAUGAUGUAUCCAUUGUCCUGCAGGGCGUGGGGUUUGCAGACAUUGGGACCUAUACUUGUAAAGUGGUCACCUUCCAACUUGGCAACAUGCAAGCAUCCACAACUGUGGACAUUAUGGUGGAGCCAAAGGUCUAUGUGUCUCCUGGCUCUUUGUCUCUGUUGGAUGGAGAUGGUGAAACUCUGGUGGCGACAUGUACAGCUGAAAGGGGUCGUCCAGCAGCAGAGGUCUUCUGGGAUUCAGACCUGCCGGGCCAGCCGUCAGCAGUCAUCACACAGCAAGAGCCUGAAGGCACCACCACCACUUCAGUCCACUAUGUCUGGGCCCCGACCCGGGAUGCAUUUGGCCGGUCCCUCAGCUGCGUUGUUCGUCACCCGGCCUUAUCCAAGGAUUUCCGCAUUCCCUACCGGCUCAAUGUGUUUUUUGCUCCGGAUGUUUCGGUGAUAGGCCAGCAGGACGUGUGGUACGUGGGACAAAAAAAUGUACAGCUGGACUGCAGAGCCAGUGCCAACCCACCUGCUCUUAUGUACCUCUGGACCAGACUGGACGCACCAAUGCCUGCAGGUGUGGACACAUCUAAUGGCAGCCUGCUGUUUACUCGUCCUUUAGAGCCGAGCGACUCUGGACAAUACAGGUGUGAAGUACAGAAUGACGUUGGGCAGAGCUUUAAGGAUGUACGCUUCUUGGUACAAGAGCCGCCACCAACCACCGCAGCCCCCACCAGCACCAGCAGCAAGUCCAUCCUGCCUGACACCAGCUUAACCAUCACCGCUCCCAUCAACCAGCAUGCCCACUUCACCGGCCCGACUCAGGCCUCUCCGCCAGACAGUGGCCUGGGCACUAUCGUGGGCGGUGCUGUCGGUGGGAUCCUGAUCCUAGUGUUGCUGAUGGCGCUGGUGGGGGCUUUCUACAUGCGUCAACGCCGAACAUUCAGAGGAGACUACUACACCAAACAGUACAUCGGCCCAUCCGACAUGCAGAAAGAGUCACAGAUGGACGUCCUUCAACCCCAUGAGCUUCAGGACGUUUAUGGGGACGACUCGGGCAACGGCAGCCAAGACUUGAAGCCCAAACCCGAAGGAGACAUUAUCUAUCCCGAUUAUCCCAUUGACCACAAAGACAUGGAGGGCUGGGAAGACAAUCUCAGCCUUCAGAGAGAGAGCACGUAUUACUCUGACCACCACAACCAUCAUAACGUGAACCCCAGUGGGCCGCCGCUACACAACGGCUCCCCUUACCUGCAGGACGAGUGCUACGACCACGGCACGGACAGCGACUACGUAUCUCACGUGGAUGGAUCUGUGAUUUCACGCAGGGAAUGGUAUGUUUGA